GUGCCCUGUCACAAGGGAGUCCUCCUCGCGGUGAUUGGGUGGAAGAUGGCGUUGGGCGAAUGGAAAUCCUAAUGACAGUUUCCAAAUUUGCCUCUUUUUGUACCAUGGGCGCCAAUGCUUCCGCUCUGGAGAAAGAGAUUGGCUCAGAGCAGUUCCCUGUCAACGAGCACUACUUCGGAUUGGUCAAUUUUGGGAACACGUGCUACUGUAACUCGGUGCUGCAGGCGCUGUACUUCUGCCGUCCGUUCCGGGAGAAGAUCUUGGCGUACCGCAGCCAGCCCCGACGCAAGGAGAACCUGCUGACCUGCCUGGCCGACCUGUUCCACAGUAUCGCCAACCAGAAGAGAAAGGUGGGAGUCAUACCACCCAAGAAGUUCAUCACGCGCCUACGCAAGGAGAAUGAGCUGUUUGACAACUACAUGCAACAGGAUGCCCAUGAGUUCCUGAACUACCUGCUCAACACCAUCGCUGACCUGCUGCAGGAGGAGAAGAAGCAGGACAAGACCAACGGCCGCCUGGCCAAUGGCUCGCUCGACUCCCAGAACAACAACAGCAACGCCCCGCCUCCCUCCACCUGGGUCCAUGAGAUCUUCCAGGGAACCCUCACCAACGAGACCCGCUGCCUCACCUGUGAAACGAUCAGCAGCAAAGAUGAAGACUUCCUGGACCUGUCAGUGGACGUGGAACAGAACACCUCUAUCACACACUGUCUCAGGGGGUUUAGUAACACAGAGACUCUCUGCAGUGAGUAUAAGUACUACUGUGAAGAAUGUAGAAGUAAACAGGAGGCACACAAAAGGAUGCGUGUGAAGAAGCUGCCUAUGAUCCUGGCUCUACACCUGAAGAGGUUCAAGUACAUGGAGCAGCUGCAGCGUUACACCAAGCUGUCCUAUCGUGUUGUCUUCCCUCUGGAGCUCCGCCUCUUCAACACCUCAGGAGACGCAACCAAUCCCGAGAGGCUCUAUGACCUGGUUGCCGUCGUGGUGCAUUGUGGGAGUGGUCCAAACAGAGGACACUACAUCGCCAUUGUGAAGAGUCACGACUUCUGGCUGCUGUUUGAUGAUGACAUUGUAGAGAAGAUAGACGCCCAGGCCAUAGAGGAGUUCUACGGCCUCACCUCUGAGAUCUCAAAGAACUCUGAGUCAGGCUACAUCCUAUUCUAUCAGUCAAGAGACUGACUGUCCCUGAAGAGGACAGUACCUCUCAGUGGAUUUGAGGAUCAUACUAGUGGACCAUACUAGUGUAAAUCGCUCUGUGGUGUCACACACCUACUGAAGCUCAGCCUCAGUCCCCCCUAUCCUCCCUCCUACCUUCCUUCCUUCCUUCCUCCCUCCCCCAUCCCACUCCUACCUCCCUCCCCCUUCCUUCCUCCCCCAUCCCACUCCUACCUCCCUCCCUCCCCCUUCCUCCCUCCCUCCCUCCCUCCCCUAUCCCACUCCUACCUCCCUCCCUCCCCCUUCCUCCUACCUUCCUUCCUUCCUCCCUCCCUCCCUCCCUCCCUCCCUCCCUCCCUCCCUCCCUCCCUCCCUCCCUCCCUCCCUCCCUCCCUCCCUCCCUCCCUCCCUCCCUCCCCCAUCCCACUCCUACCUCCCUCCCCCUUCCUCCUACCUACCUCCCGCCUUCCCCCACCCUAUCACUUAGGCUGGAGAUGCUGCUACAGGGAGUUGUGUCAAAGGUUCAGUGGACGUAUCAAAGUUUUGUGAGUUGGAAAGCUGUUUAAUGACUGUUGUACAGAGGUUGUGUGACUGAGGCGAUGGUUAUAGCAUGGGGGUUUGUGUGGGGUGAGUGGGUAUUUAAUGAUUCAUGUGUUGUAAUAGCGGCCAGGUGUCUGCACACUCCCUCAGACUGCAACUCUGCUUUGGUGCCUGGCUGGGGCCUUGUCAGAGCAGACCAGUUGACUGCAUGAAGGGAGAGUGGGGAGGUGAGUGUUCCAAGUGUGGGACACUUGGAUCGUGUAUUUCUACCAUGUACAGAGUGGUAUUUGUAUCAAUAUGAGGAGAAUAAGAUGAUAUUAUCAUAGGAAAAAAAUAUAAGUCCUUGAGAAGAUAAUGUAUUGUCACUAUGGUGCACUUUUGAUACCGUUUUGUAGGUGUUGGCAAGGUUUAUGUGAGGGUUUGCUCGAGACGGCCUGUUGUGAAAUGGUCAUUUUCUGUUUUAAAGAAAAAUUGAAUAAAAGAUGAUAGAUACAG